UCUCUACCAUCUCAUCAAAAAUCCAUUACACAAGAACCGGAACGUUCGCCUUCUUUUGAAUUGUCCUCGAAAGAACGUGCAUCAAGAUCGUCAUCAUGUACUCGGUUCGCAACGUUCUCCUCACCAUCGCUUUGAUAUGCGUGGUGCCAUUUUCUCUGGGCGCCCCGACACCCACUCAAGCCGACACAGUCACUCCACACAGCAUCACACAGUUCAGUUACAAUUCCACGGGUCAUGGACUCGAUACGGUCGGUACUCCAAGUCUUCUGGAAGCCGGCAUGGUCACCUGCGGGGUUACUAGCCGGCCGGGCCACGAUUGUGCGCAGAACGUGUGCCCGCCGAAUGAACAGUGCACGGUCAGCGACGCAGGUAACUGCGUGUUUACGAACCCAGUAAACACACGUCCGGUAGGCUGCAGGUACUGCAGGUGCUACAAGACAUCGAUGUAAAGGCAGUAAUCACAUUUUUGGCAAGACUUUGAUAGAUGUUACUAAGAUGAAAGGGGUUCAGGAGAUGGCGAAGGAUCUGUAGAAGGAUUUAGAAAUGCU